AUGCAUCGUCUUUUUGCUGAGCUGGAGCCAUCUUUAAUCGUCACAGAGCAAAACCUGGCAGACCGAGUUCGGUAUAUCUUGCGCUCAAAUAUAUUUGAUGUCGCCGAACUCGAACGGCUACGACGUGAGGCUGUUCCCUCGUCGGAUGAGAAUGCUACGGCUGAGGAUGCGGCGCCACAAAUGGUAGAGCAACCCGCAAACGUGGAUGCCGCCGUGAAUACCCCAGUUGUGGUUGAUUCAAACGAUGAUGGAACAGUCGCCCAGGAACUGGAAUUAGAGCAUAUGAGGAGUAUAUUGGAAGAGGCGAUUGUGGAAACGCGCAGUACGCCUCUCGAAAAUCGACCGCGACUUCCACGCAUAGCCCUAAGCAAGCGGAAUCGGGCUGUCGUGAGGGCUCUGAACCCAAUGCUGGUUACCUAUUUGGAAGCCAGCCGGGACCUUUGCGAGACGGACUCAAUUCUUUUUGGCGCCGCGCUGGCAGUCUGCCGUAUCAUAGGCGCCAAGGUUUCCACGGCUGGACGCGCUACUGGCCAUAGUAGCGCUAUCCCAGCAUGGAGAAGAAGAAUUGAGGAACGUAUCGCAAAGGCUAGAGCUCUCAUCGGCAGACUGAUAUGCUUCAGAUCAGGCAACAACAGGCCAAGAAUUGUGCGCACCGUCAGGAUGGCGUUUGCUGGGACAAAUGUCAGUUUGUCCCAGCCGGAUAUAACGCAAAAACUGACGGAGCGCAUAGAUGAUCUGAAGCAGAGAAUCGCUGCUUGGGGAAAGCGGAUUCGGCGAUAUACCGAGAGGUCGACACGGUUCAACCAGAAUCGUCUCUUCCAGAGUGAUCAGAAGAGGCUCUAUGAAUCAUUGGAGCGACCAAUGGUAAGUGGAACGGGUCCAGCACCGGAUCAGGCCGACACUGUAGCAUUCUGGCGCGGCCUGUGGUCAGAGCCCGUAAACCACAGCGAGGGCCCUUGGACGGAAGUUGUGGCGAGUCAGUGUGCGGGUAUUACGCCCAUGGACCCCGUCAUCAUAACGCCGGAUGACGUAGCUGAGGCGGUUCGUAGGGCCCCGAACUGGAAAAGUCCGGGGCUUGACGGGCUGCAUCACUACUGGCUGAAGGGGUUCAUGGUGUGUCACUCUGUGCUCGCCCGACAGUUUCAAGAGGCUCUCAACCAGAAGUCGCUCCCAAGCCUCUUCACUACUGGGAUCACUCAUUUAGUUCCUAAAGACCAGGGUACCACAGACCCGAGCAAAUACCGCCCCAUCACAGAUGAACCGGAACUGUCUAACAUUCGAAGACGUUCUUCUGAAACGGACUUAUCAACUGAGCAGACACUCCUCGUCAACCCAGAUUGCCACGUACGGGUGAUGUUGGAGUACAUAAGAAAGAAAUGCAGGUUAGGGAUCUACACCCACUUCGAUCUGUGCGAUGAGACUGGAGCAUUGAAAGAACUGUUCAGUCUGCCGGCACACACGAACGUGGCGAACUUGUUUGAGCACAGGAAGACGUACUAUAUAAUCGUUUUAAAACAGGAAACGGACAAGCGGCUUAUUGUAUUGCCUCAACUGAACCACGACAACAAGAUCUACUCUGAUUUGAAGGCCAAGGUCAAAAGGCAUCUCCUGUCAAGUGAAAGUAGUCACCUGGUUUCGUCGCAGUCAAAGAUAUCGCCAUCUUUGCCCAGUAAGACUGCUUCUAUCAAUGUAAUAAAGCCAUCUUUGAAGAAAAAUAAAUGA